AUGAAGCUCCUUUUUCCUAUCUUUGUCAGCCUCAUGCUACAGUGCCAGGUGAACACAGAGCUCUUUGGCUGGAAAAGAUGUUUAAUGGGUUUGGGGAGAUGCAAAGACCACUGCACCGUGGAUGAAAAAGAGGUACAAAAAUGCAAGAAGAAGAAAUGUUGCAUUGGACCAAAAAUGGUUGGACUGAUAAAUAACUACCUGCAAAAUGAACUGCUCCAUGCUCCUAAAGAAGACUCCCCAAAACACCUAAACACUACCAAGAAUUCUAGGGCUGCGAUACAAACGAAAUACCGUAGUUUCUCUUUCUCCCCCCAAAUCAAAAGCCCUGUUGCCAAUUAUCACCUCAACACCCUCAUCCUGUCACAUGCCAGCGCUGUGGGCUCCGCCCGCACCAAUCCCAUCAUCGCAGAAAAGACUGCAUUCCCUGCUACUUCUACCAAGAGCAACGCCAAAAGGAGAGGUUCAGCCACUGACUCCCCGCAGCCAUCACCGCCACCCUAG